CCCGCCGCGGCCCCCUCGGGAGGGGCGGCAUUAAGGCAUUAAGGGGGUGGGCGCCGGGAGCCGCCACAACCACGGCGGCUGCGGAGCGGAGAAGGGCCGGGCCAUGGCGGGGGGCGGCCUCUGGCUGUGCGCGGCCGUGCUGGGCUGCCUGGCCGCCGCCACCGCCCGCCGUCCAGUUCUUGAAUGCCAUCCCGGUGGACAUCAGAUCCUGCAGAGCCCUUACCGAAGUGUCGAUUUUGAUUCAUCCCACAUCCAGCAGUCAGCUAUUCAGGAUUUAAUAUGUGACCAUUCCCUAACACCAGGCUGGUAUCGCUUUAUGAUUUUUGAUAAGCCUGCUGAGAUGCCGACCAAGUGUGUGGAGAUGAAUCACUGUGGUACUCAAGCACCUGUCUGGUUAUCUCUGAGGGAGUCAGAAUCCAUGCCUCAACCGGGUGAGAUCAAGCAGUUAACAGCCUGUGCGACAUGGCAGUUUUUCUUCAGCACUUCAAAAGACUGUUGUCUUUUCCGAAUCCCUGUCAGUGUGAGGAACUGCGGAGACUUCUUUGUUUACCUGCUGCAGCCCACCCAAGGAUGCAUGGGGUAUUGUGCAGAAGGUAAGCUGGCUCCUUCAUCUCCAUCUGUGUCACCACCACUACCAGACAUUCCUGAGGUUGUAGCAGAGUUGAUCAAAGGCAGCAUUUAUCUAAGGUGUACCUUUGACGUUCCUUUUGCAAACAGCUCGGUUGGAUUUGUUGUGACUUGGUCAAGACUUUCUCCUGAAGGUAUCAAAGAGGAACUGAAACGUGAGACAGCAGUUCGUGCAUUCUCACUUUUAGAGCUAGAUGGGAUAAACGUCAGACUUGGAGACAGAGUCUACUGUAGCAGUUCUGCUUUUUUUGUGGAAAAGCCAGGUGUGCAAAGUUCUUCAGCUGAGAGCAAGGAAUUUUUUGCUGGCAUUAAGAUACAUCCAGAAACAUAUGAUAUAUCAGAAGAUGGCAAGGAAUACAGGCUGGCAAUAGAAAGUAGAAUUCCUAUUCCUUGCCCUGAAUUUAACCAGCUUGAAAGUGACUGUAAAAUAUCACUAACAUUGAGUACUGUUGAUGAAGGUAAAGAGCAGUUAGGUUUAAACUUGGCUCUUUCUUCUUGUCAUGUGGAUCUUCUCCAGAAACCCUGCAAUAAUGGAAUCUGUAGUCAAGCUAUAAUUUAUUUCACUGCUGUGACAGACUUUAUGCAGGAUGGAGACAGAAUUACCAGAAUUGCUGUUGAACCUAUAUCCAGUGAGAAUUUUCUGUGGAAUGGCUAUGUUCCAGAAAGCAUACAGAUUACAGUGAAGGAUCUACCAACUGCCUACUGCUACUCAUUUACUGACCCUCAUAUAAUUACAUUUGAUGGAAGACUUUAUGACAAUUUUAAAACUGGAACAUUUGUUCUCUCUAAGAGCAUGUCUCGAGAUUUCGAAGUUCAUGUUCGCCAGUGGGACUGUGGAAGUCUUCACUAUCCAGCAUCCUGUAACUGUGGCUUUGUUGCCAAAGAAGGGAGUGAUAUAAUUGCAUUUGACAUGUGCAGUGGUCAGCUACAUGAGUCACAGCCACACUUGUCUGUAAUAAGUAGAGACACGACAGGAAGCCAUGUCAGAAUCACUGAAUCCUACCUAGGAAGGAAAGUAACAGUUUUGUUUUCUUCUGGAGCUUUCAUUCGUGCUGAUGUGAGUGAAUGGGGGAUGAGCAUAACACUUAGGGCACCCAGUUCAGAUUACAGAAAUACAAUGGGACUCUGUGGCACCUUUGACGGAAUUGCAGAGAAUGACUAUCACACUACCGGUGGGGUGGAAAUCCCAAACAAUUCUAAUGCUCCUUUUUCUUUUAUUAAGGAAUGGAGAAUUCCACCAGGAGAUAGCUUGUUUGACAGGAUACCGGCUUCUUUACCAUCUUCUAGGAAAACAGCCUUCUGUGACUGCACACUUGAAGUUGCUGGAUUAUAUCGAUCCGUGAAUAAACUAGAGGCAGUCUCUAAAUCAGAACUUCCUCUGUCUUGCAAAGAAAGUGAAAAUGGUAGAUUUCUUUCUUUGAUACCAGGACUGGAUGUCACUGCUGAGUAUCUCAGUCCUGUUGAGCUUGUCAGAGGCUUAAAGAAACGUUCACCUGCACAUGAAAUGGAUUCCUCUACACUUGUGCAGAGGGAGGAUAAUCAAACCAAACUUCACAAACCUUCACUAGUAAACACACGUGUCUCUGCAAACUCAGAGGUCAGUUUUGGUGCAGAAAGAGAAGAAACUUCAAGAUCAGGUGUGAAAAUAAUUUCUCCCAGUUACAGUAGUAAUCUUCAGGAAAGUCAAUCUAUUACAAGUAGAGAAAAGCGCCAAAAUUAUUAUGAAUAUCAUCCAGUAUUUCUAUUCCAAAGUCUUAGCCAAACAGACUUGGAGGGCUAUAGGUACUUUUUCCCAGAGGACCACGCCACUGACACAGACCAGAAGUUUCUUCCUUCUUGGCCCACACCUUCUGGCCUCACUGAAUCUAGAGCUUUGGGACUGUGCCAGCAAGCAAUAGCCAAUUCCAGUAUAGGAAGAUCUUGUGGUGGCCUUCUUGGCAGGCGAAUAGAAGAUGCGAUCAGUAUGUGUAUUAAAGAUUUGCUGCUGAAAGAUGACCUCAGAUGGGCAGAAGCUUCUUUAGCUCUUUUAGAGAAUGAAUGUGAAAAGAGAGUUUUAGAAGAAAUAAAUGACAAUCAAGAAGAGCUUCAAGGUUCUGUUGAGAACCUACUUAUUGCACUGAAAUGUCCCGGUCUCUGUAGUGGUAACGGAGAAUGUACAGACUGGGGUUGUGCCUGCUUUCAAGGCUAUGGCUCAUAUGACUGCAGCAUACUAUCUGACCAGGCUCCAGAAAUUUUGGAGCUGGAAAAUGCUGGGCUAUGCGAUAUUCGGCAGUAUGACUGCACAUCAGUGAGAGUUUUUGGACGUGGCUUCAGGGAGUCAUCAAGUCUGAAGUGUGAAAUUAUCAAGUUGCAGUAUAGUGAUAGCCAAUGGAUUCCUGGAGAACCUCUAACUAUGUCAGCUGCCUUCCAAAAUGCCAGGACUGUCGACUGCCAGUUACCGAAUGAUGGCCAGCAGUCUGAUGCCAUGGAUCUGGUUGAUGAUAAACCCAUUGCCUGGUGGCAAAUAAAGAUUUCUAAUGAUGGAUUCAUUUAUAGCAACUCUAAAACAAUGAUCAUAUAUGAUGGAGCCUGUCAGACAUGUGAAUCACAGGAAUCUGGGUUAUGUACGCUAAAGGAGAAAACAUGCAACAUAAAUGGACUCUGUUAUGGUGAAGGUGACACAAAUCCAACCAGCCCUUGCUUGCUGUGCAGACCUGACAUCUCAAGGUUAACGUGGUCAGUUGUUGAAAACAACCAACCUCCAGUGCUUGAAACUUUUCAGGAUAUGCUACAGACUUUUUAUGGAGAAGACUUUGUAUAUCAGUUCUUGGCUUCAGAUCCAGAGGGCUCUGCUAUUCAUUUCACAUUGAAGUCUGGUCCUGAAGGUGCCAGUCUUUCCCCAUCGGGUCUCCUUUUAUGGAAAGCUGUGUCAAAGAAUCCCCAUAAAUUAACAUUUUCUUUGACAGAUGACUGCAAUGCGGAGACUAAGGUAGAAAUAGAGGUCAGGGUAAAAUCGUGUGAUUGCCUAAAUAAUGGCUCAUGUGUGACAAACAUUAAUUUCCCACCUGGAAGUGGAAGAUACCUCUGUGUGUGUGUGGCUGGAUUUGAAGGUGAUCUCUGUCAAGUGAAUACUGAUGACUGUAAACUUAACCAGUGUGGUAUUGGCAGAUGUGUGGAUGGAAUAAACAGCUAUUACUGUGAAUGUCCACCUGAACUUCAAGGUAAAAAUUGUCAGGAAGAUGUAGAUGAAUGCCUUUCUGGUCCUUGCUUUCCUGGAGUAUUUUGCUUCAACACUUUUGGUUCUUACUAUUGUGGUCCAUGCCCGAAUAAUCUACAUGGAGAUGGGAAAUCCUGUUAUGAAAUCUUUGAAGACAUUUCUGUUGAAAGAAAGGAUUCCACAGGAGAAGUUGAAGGUUUUCAACAGUCAUCCUUUGUCAAGGUUUUCAGCAUCUCAAGCUAUAUUCCCAGUUCUACAGAUGUCCCUGAGAGAUUUAUUUCUAUAGAAAUGGCCAGUAGCAGCACUCCACCUGCCUCCACAGUAAAAACAGUCACCUCUUGGAAGUCAUUUAAUUCUCAGAGAAGUGCUUCUGUACAACCAGCUGUUACUGGAAACGUUGCUCACGCUCUCAGCACCACCGACAGUCACCUUACCAACACAGAAGGGAGUUCCUCAGUAAACACUGCGGUGACCACUUCAUCAAGGAGCCAUGCUGUAUCACCUGAGAAGAAAACAAGGGCACAAGUUGAGCCCUACAGUUAUUCUGAGACUCACAAGAAGGCUUCUUUUAGCAGCACAACAGAUACAAGCAAAGAGCUUUCUUUGCCAAACAAAGUAUUCAGAGGCAGAAAUGCUCACAGGGUUCAGUACCUGUUAGCCAAGCAUAAAGCAAGUCCUUUACCUGUUGUUCUUGUUAAAGUGACUGUCCCACCAAAAAUGCUUCCUGAAGAUUCUGAUGAAAUCAUGGUUCCUAAAGCAGUAACCUGUGCUAAUUUACCCUGUUUUCCUGGAGUACCUUGUGAGCCAGGUCACGAUGGAAGUGUCAAGUGUGGUCGUUGUCCUUAUGGUUAUUAUGGAGAUGGCUUCACUUGCAGAGCACUAUGUAGACAAACAUGUGGCAAAAAUAUGGAGUGUGUGGCGCCCAAUAUUUGCAAAUGCAAGCCUGGUUAUGCUGGUUAUAACUGUCAGACUGCUCUAUGCAGGCCUGAUUGCAAAAACCAUGGGAAGUGCAUUAAGCCCAAUGUCUGUGAAUGUCUAUCAGGAUUCAGUGGCUCCACUUGUGAGGAAGCACAGUGUAAACCACCCUGUAAAAAUGGAGGCACGUGCUUGGCCAGAAACCUCUGUACCUGCCCAUAUGGUUUUGUGGGACCAAGAUGUGAUACAUUGGUUUGCAACAGGCACUGUGAAAAUGGUGGUGAAUGUCUCUCUCCAGACACCUGCCAGUGUAAACCUGGAUGGUAUGGACCUACAUGCAGUACAGCAAUGUGUGAUCCUGUGUGUCUUAACGGUGGCUCCUGUACUAAGCCAGAUGUUUGCCUCUGCCCACGUGGAUUCUUUGGUGCCCAGUGUCAGAAUGCUGUCUGCAGCCCGCCUUGUAAGAAUGGUGGUCAUUGCAUGAGAAACAAUAUCUGUACUUGUCCUGAUGGCUACACAGGCAGAAGAUGUGAAAAAAGUAUCUGUGAGCCAAGGUGCAUGAACGGAGGAAGAUGUGUAGGGCCAAACAUUUGCUCUUGUCCUUCAGGGUGGGGAGGAAAAAGAUGUAACACACCCAUCUGUCUUCAGGAAUGUAAGAACGGAGGAGAAUGUAUUGGACCAAGCAUGUGCCAUUGUCCUCCGCAGUGGGAAGGAAUCCAGUGUCAAACACCUGUGUGCAAUGAGAAAUGUCUGUUUGGAGGCAAGUGUGUGUCACCUAACGUAUGCUCUUGUCGUCCUGGUUACACUGGAGUCCUCUGUGGGAAGAGAGUUCAGGUACAAAGACAUCAUGGAAGAAGAAAAGAAGUAUACCACUUAAAUGCUGCAUAGAUGCAUGAGACUUGAAAAUACCAAGAAGUUUUGAAGGCAUUCAUAGAGUUUAUUUAAAUGAAAGGAAUAUCCAGAACACUAUUUUAAAAAAAAUCAUGUUACAGUCAUGAAUUUUUGAAGAGCUUUAGUACAACAAUCUUGUAGUAAUUGUAACACGUGUUUCUAUAUUUUUUUGCUACCUCAGAGCCUCUGAUUCUUCACUGGACUCACAGAUUUCAUGAACCAUGCACACCCAAAACUCUUCAGUCUGUUGAUGUAGUCAGCUGGACUAUCUUCCCAUUUUGGGAGUGAGACUGUAAUAUCUGCUGAGCAUCUCCAGGAAAGUAGGCAACACAUAAUCACUUGUGAAUACUACAUUCUGGUUUUAAAUGUUGUUUACAUGGAUAUUAUUUGGCUGCAUAGAGAAGAAAAAGCAGAGGUAUUUUUUCUUCAUCUUGUAUUUGCAUUGCUCUGACUUCCUGGUAGUGAGGAAAAAGGGGGAACCCAAAACAAAACUUCAGUAGUAGCAGUGCAGGCAGAGCCUUACGUCUCACGAACAGUCAACCAGCAGCAGAAUAAUUCUGGUUUCAAGGUAAUAAGCCUUCUUCAUUACUUACACACACACUCACGUGAGUAGAGGAUGAAUGCUGUGUCCGUAAGACUUUUGCUCCUUUUUUCAAAUAGCAUUUGGAAAGAUGAGGAAAUAAAGUCUUUUAGAGAAAAAUGACAAUGUUUUACUCAGAGAUGUCCCAUGCUGAGCCUUAAAAUAGGAACUGACAAGAGUAGGCAUUUGCUGUAGGUCGUGCCAUCUGCAUAUAUCAAAUCAGAAACUGUUUGCAAGCACACCAUAUGGAUAUUUUUUUUCACAUUACCUAUUGUUCCAACCAAUUGUUAUCACCAACCCUAAGCCAGAUAACUUUUGAGCAAAUAAAAUUCUAGUUUUUCUGAA